AUGAGUCAUCAACAGGGAGGCGUGAUGAUGCAGAAGACCUAUGAACUGAUCACCUCGCAGCACGGCAUUCAACGUCGCCGCAAGAUGCGCAAACUCAUGUAUGGAUGCGUCGCCUCGUGCGCCUUCUUCGUUCUUCUCAUCGCCGUUUCGAGUUGGUUUCUCAUUCGGGAUUUAGACAUCCAAUCGAGCGCUGAAAUAUCGAUUGCGAGCGGAUUUGCGCUUGAUCCGCUCCGAAACGCCAAAUCCUACAGAAUUUUGCUAGUAGGAGACACUGGAGGGAUUCCGAUAAUGGAGACGACAUGGGCUCAGGAAUCCGUUAAGAAUGCGAUGGGCAAUGUGGCGAGUCAGCACGAUGUUCAAAUGGUCCUCAAUAUGGGUGACAAUAUCUAUUUCACGGGUCCCACUAAUGAAUUCGACGAGCGAUUUGAGACGCGUUUCGAGAAUGUCUAUACGGCGCCAAGUCUUCAAGUGCCAUGGCUCACCAUUGCCGGCAAUCACGAUCAUUUUGGGAAUGUGACCGCCGAAGUCGAGUACACAAAGCACAGCUUCAAAUGGUACUUCCCGUCGUUGUAUUAUAAAAAGACGGUCGAGUUCAAUGGCACCACCAUCGAUUUUCUGAUGAUCGACACGAUCGAGUUGUGCGGAAAUACGAAAGACAUUCAGAAUGCGGGAUUCUUUGAUAUGCUGCGCAACGAAUCGCAUGAUCCGAGGGGACCACAAAAUGCGACCGCCGCCGAGUUACAGUGGGAUUGGAUUGAGCAGAAUCUGAACGCCUCGAGUGCCCAAUACCUGAUAGUUUCUGGGCACUAUCCAAUCCAUUCAAUGUCUUCUCAUGGUCCCACCGAAUGCCUUCGAAGGCGAUUGGAUCCGAUGCUCAAGCGGUUCAAUGUUAAUGCUUAUUUCGCUGGACAUGAUCACACAUUACAACAUUUUGUGUUCAAUGGAUUUGGCGAUCAUGAUAUUCACUAUGUCGUGUCUGGCGCCGCUUCGAGAACUGACGCUUCUACGAAGCAUAAGCAUAUGUUUUCGGAAAUGAAUCUCCUUUUUAACUAUCCGCCGUCAUCGUGGAUCCCUUGGAGUCCGGCAUCUCAAUUGGGAUUCCGAAAAGGCGGCUUCGUCUACAUGGAAUUCGACCAUGAGAAGGCGAUUCUCGAUUUCUUCGACAAAAAGGGAAGCAAGCUUUACACCACAUCGAUUCCGAUUCGCAAACCAGCGAACUCAUAUCGAUAUGACGACGCUGAAACGAAAAGCCCAUUUAUAGAGAUUUAA